AUGGAUAGAUCGGUUUAUGAAGCAUGUGGUGACUUGAUAAGCGAGCUCGGUCGUAAAGUUAGCGCAGAUGAGGUUUUACAACAAAAAGUCGGCAAUUUAGUCCCGAUCCCAUUCAAAUCGAGGGAUGAACUAGAGUUAGCCGCGCAUCAUGACAAAGAAGACGGAGUAUACACAGGCGAGCUAGUACCCCAAGUGGAUCUCAAGGUACUGCAUUACUUCGCAACGCAGUUAAUCGUACAGAAGUACCCGCAUCUUAUUAAUUGUUUCGACGAGACGGCGCUGAUUACGCUGGGGUUGAUGAUUGAAAAAUGGGUUGAGGACUUUCUAAAGGCAGGCGAUGCGGUGCAGGCGGGUCCAUCCGAGGUCAUUGAGAAAUAUACCAACUAUCGUGACUCGCCAGCCAACAUUUAG